AUGGGCGGUUCGACAGGCAUACGGUGGGGCGGCGGGCGCGACGGGCAAUCCUGCUUUUCAGGUAUUCUAAAUGUGAAAAAAUUGUGUUUUUUACGGUGAGAAACGUAUAAUAUCUUUUUCAAUCCAAAACAAUAUCAUUCUUAUUUUUCAAAAGUUCCUCACGAUUUCAAAAAAUUUUAAUUAACAGACGUUUCUCACCGUAAAAAUUUCGUGGUUUUUUUUAAUGCAAAAAAUUAAAAAUUUAUUUUUCUUCUCGCAAAUCUUCCGAAAAAACUUAAUUUUAAUCUUUCUGAGUUCAGAUCAUGGGUAUCAUCGGAUGUAGCCAUUCUUACCAUAAAAAGUUUUAAAAAAAGUUCUAGAACAAUCAUAAAAUCUCUUGAGGCGUGCGGAGCGGUCACGUCGCGGUUCUCGAACAAAUUUUGAAUUUCACAUCGGCAUCAGAUUUUGGUGCAAUAAGAUCAUAAAACAUUCACGACCAAACUGCCAUGCUUACGUCUAAAAUAGGCUUUUCAUUUCGAGACCACGACUUUUUGUCAUUUUCGAAUUAAAUAUUUUCAGCAGAAUUUUGAUUCUUCUUUUCUCAUUAAAGUUAUUUUUCUGAAUGUAAUUUUGCAACUGAACUGUUCCGAUUCAAAAAAAGUUUUUACAAAAAGUGAGAAUUUUUUUCAAAUUUUAGGAUAUCAGCUUGUGUCUUGAAAAAGUGGUCGUGAACCGAUAAAAUCUAUAAAAUGCAGAUGCUUCAAAAAGAAAAAAAAAAUUAAAGCAACCGCUACGUGACGGCGUCGCAUACCUUUGGUUUUUUUUUCCAUCCUCCGUCUUUUCAAUCGAUUUUGUUCAAGUUAUUGUAAUAGAACCCCUUUUUGUGAUUUGUUAGUUUAAAAAAAUUCAAGCUUUUCUCUAUCCUUUUUUCUGAUCUUCUUUUCGUUUAAGUUGGCUUCAUGCGAUGAUAGCCUUCAAUUGAAAUGGAUUUUCGAGAAGGAAAAUGAUUUUUCCGUUUCGUUUUUUGUUCCGUGUUUGUCCUGUCCUGUCCUCUCGGUGUGAAUGUUGCCGGAUCGGGCCUCUGGUCGGUGGCGGCGCAGAGAAAAAGACGGUUGUGUUCCUCGGCUUUUUUCCUGUUAGAGAGCGCCCAAAAUGAGGAGGGCUGUAGCCUAGCGUCUCCUCGUAGUCAAUGCUCUCUCGCCGGUUCUCAGCCGAGCAUACAUGCGUCUUUCUCUCUGUAGGGGAAGGUACUGUGGGGCGAGGCGUUCUUCUCCACUCCAGGCUCGUCACUCUGAAGGUGGCUUCGAUUGUUGGGUUGUGUGCGAAUAAACUUUUACUUUCUUUCGAGUUUUUUUCAGACUCUUUGGAUCGUAGUGAUUUUGUAGAUAAGUGCUGAAAUGGCUUCACUUGUAGAAAAGUUGGGACUGGAGCGGUUUUUACAUUAAAGUUAUGGUAGACGCAAAAAGUUCUCCCUUCUUUUUUUUUGAGCUUCAGCUUAGAGCUGUGUUUAUUCUUCUCGAGAGUGUUAGUUGAUGUUUAGAAUUUCCAAAAUUUAGUUUUUGAUUGCGGGUUGAUAGAUUUGAUCAUUUUUAUAGCUCGAGUCAUUUUUUUUUUUGUUUUUUCAUUUGCUUCUUUCAGUUUUCGAACCCCUCCAGUCCGAACUAUAUUCAUGAUUGAAUUUAACCAGAAUUUAAAGAAUUAUAUUUUCUUUCCAAAUCAUUUCUAUUAAAUUUUUCUUGUCACGACAAGAAUGAGCGGUUUCUUAUUCAAACUUCGCUCAAAAAGAUAAAAAAGGCCAAUACGAGAACAUUUGGAAAAAAAAAACCCGAAGAAUUUUUCAUAUAACAUGUGAUAAUAUAUUUGAUUCUAGUAUGCAAUCGUUUGAUGUUCCGACUUCAAUAAAUUUUUUUUGCCGAUCAUUCUGUUGUGGCAAGAAAACUUGAGACCCCAAGAUUUGAACCUGAUCAGCACUCGUCUAUGCAUUUUUCUUCGCUUUAUUGGUUUUCUGGUUCUGUGAUUGUAUGAAAGAAAAAACCGUUUUUUACUUCACUUCUCCAAAAUUUUUUAGUUUGAAAAAUGAGUUUAAUCUUUUUUUUUAGACUUUACACUAAUAUAAUUAUAAUUGCGUUUUUUUUAAAUAGAAAUUUACAGUUUUCUUAACCUUUUGUUCAAUUUUUCUUUACUCCGUUUUUUAAAGGAUGUCUUUCAUAUCAUUGCAGACUCAAAACACCAGAUGAAUCGUAUGAUUUAUUUUACACUCGGAAGUAAAAACUUGUUUCUAAUGCUCAAAUCACAUUCUUCUGCCCAUUUUUUUUAUUUCAUUACUUCACAAUUUUUUUAACUUUUCCCAUAAAAGCGGAAGUUAUUCGUGCGCAACCUGAUAUCCAACGUGUGCAGAGAGAAUGAAAUUAUUUGUUGGUUCAAUGAUAAAAUAGUUGGCUUGGGAAUUACGAGACGAAGGUUAGAGAAAUUAGUGAAUAGAGCCUUUUUUUCCGUGAUUUUCAACUUUUUGAAGUUACUCACAUUUUUGUAUCGAAGUUCUUGGAUUCCGCGAAAUUUUUCUUCUAAAAUGUGAAUUUCUUAGAAUUUUAUAGUUUUUCAUCAUAAACAGACGUUGUUCGAACCUUUGUUUAGUGGUUUCCAGGCCAAUUUUUAGCUUUUCAAACCAGAAAAAUCGAAAACAGGCAAUUCAGCAUUUCCUCACGGCUUUUCACCAAAAAGAAAUAAGUAGAACCGUUCUAAAUUGGACCAACAGGCGAUUUCAAUUUCAAUGCACGGGUUGAGACGCCACCUGACAGUGCCUUGUGGGGUUACUUAGGCCUUCCUGGUCUUCUUCACGAAGUCUGGGAUUCGUCCUGAGCCUCUUGAGCUCCAAUUCUUCUCAACUUGAUUGGAAGAUCUGUUGAAAAAACAUGCACCUAGAGUUGCAUCGAAAAAGUGCUGUUGAAGAUCGAAUUUUUCACUCAUUUUUCAAAGUUUAUCUGCAAGGCUUCUGAGCUAUUUUAAUACUUUUUAUUUCAGUUUGAGGUUUCAGGAGACUUUUUGCAUUUCGACUUAUUUAUGCAACAAGUUUUUAGGAAACUUUAGGUAAAACUUGUAGUUGAAUUUGAAAUUAGUUCAUUUUUCGUUUUGCCUUUUUUAAACUUGGGACCAUUGAAAACAAAUUGAGAUUUCUCCAUCAAAGUCAGUAAUUAAAAACCUUUGGAAAGCUCCAAAAACUCGUAUUUUGCUUCUAAAAAAAAUCUAUAAGUGAUUCACCAGAAAAAAAAACUAUUUAUUCAAAAUCCUUGUAUAUGAACUAGGAAAAAUUGAGUGAAAUUUUUCUUAAAACUUUUUUUUUCGAAAUUCACCUGCAAAACUUCCAAGUUGAGGUUUCAAUUGAUACUUCGAACUUUGAAGUCUUUUCCACUUCACCAAAGUCAAUCGCUUCAAAAAUUUUUGGAAAAAAAACGUAUUCUUUUUUCUCGCAACUUUGAUUUCCGGCUUUUCAUUAUUUUUUCAAAUCAAAGCUCACAUGAAGUGAUUGAUUUAGGUAGAUUGAAGAAGAUGUCGAAAAUUGAAGUGUUCAUGAAAUACUUGAAGCUCAGAAGACUUGAAAGAGAGAAAAGUAUAAGGCUUCAACAGACACUUCCGAUAAAACUCGAGUCUCAUGUCAUUUUCCAAGGGUCUUGUGGUCAAGUUAAAAGAGUUGAAGCUCAAGAAGCUCAGGAUGAAACUCGGACUUUGUGGAGAGACAAGAGAGGCUUGGAAGACCUUGCAAGGAACUGUCAUUAGACGAGCUUGGAGAGAAGAAGAAAGCCUUGCUUGACAGGACCUUCUCCGAGCCAAGAGCCACCUACCAAAGGCUUGGCCUUGGGCUACACUGCACUCUGGAGCCUGAGGCCAAGGCCUCCGACUCGGGUUCCACAGCCAGCCUGUGGAGUCUGAGGCCGAGGUCUCUGGCUCGGGCCCAUAAGGCCUGAGUUGUAGAACUUGCCUCAGACUCCAUAGGGAGCUGUGAAGGCCGGGCGCGGAGAGUCCGAUCGACAACGGCAGCACCGAGAAAAACCGUCCGGCAGCGGCCCCGACCCUGCCGGACAAAACCAAGUACAAAAGGGGAAGGAGAAUUCUUUAUUUCAAAUCAAGAUUCAGAGCGUCCGGGUCAAUGCUGACUUUCGGAGUACGUCGUCGUCCGGCAUCCAUCCCGUCACAUCGCUCGACCUGA